GUCACAUGUCGGAAAGUCCCUGGCGCUGGGGGUGGAAAUCCCCGCUCUGCUGGGGCUUUUUUCUCUGCUUAGUAAAAUAGAAAGGAAAAAACAAGAGUCUUUACAGUUUAUAGCCAGCACAGCAGCAGCAGCAGCAGGGAGGGGGUGGCUGAGGGAAGCCCAGCCAGGCGCUACUAAGGAGCCUGAUCCUCUUGCAACCCCGUCUGGUCGGGCAUUCAUGGCUCCCAAGCUUGGCUCUGUCCUAACCUUGGUGCACUGGAUUUGAGAAGGAUUUUAUCCGCCGCGCUGCGCUUUUGGAGGAGCCCUUCGGCAGAAAGGUUUCUUCUCAGAAAAUGGCUGGCCAACAAGUUCUUCCCCAAGCUUUGUAUCUGAGCAAUAUGCUGAAAGCCGUGAAGAUUAGGGAGAGAAUUCCUGAAGACCUUGUCAUACCCACCAAUGGAAUAAUUCAUCACUUUAAAACAAUGUACAGAUACACAGUAGAAAUGUUCAGAAUGUGCCAGUUUUGUCCUCAGUUUCGGGAAAUCCUUCAGAAAGCUUUAAUUGACCGAUCCACCCAGAGCUCACUGGAACAUCAGAGGAAGCUGAACUGGUGCAGGGAAGUUAGGAAACUUGUGCCGUUAAAGACUAAUGGUGAUGGUAAUUGCCUCCUGCAUGCUGCAUCCCAGUACAUGUGGGGUGUUCAAGAUGUUGACUUGGUCCUGAGGAAAACACUAUUCAUCGCUUUGCAGGAAGUGGAUACCCGCAACUUUAAGCUUCGUUGGCAACUAGAGACUGUUAAAUCGCAGGAGUUUGUAGAAACAGGACUCCACUAUAACACCAGGAACUGGGAAGAAGAAUGGGAGAACCUCGUCAGUAUGACAUCCCCAGAAUCAACAGUGGCCCGAAACGGGCUUCAGUACAAUGCAUUGGAAGAAAUCCAUAUAUUUGUCCUUGUUAACAUCCUCAGAAGGCCGAUCAUAGUUCUUGCAGACAAAAUGCUGAGAAGCUUGGAGUCCGGUUCAAGCUUUGCCCCUCUGAACGUUGGUGGAAUUUACUUGCCUCUCCACUGGCCAGCUGAAGAAUGCUAUAGAUAUCCUAUUGUCCUGGGCUAUGACAGAAUGCAUUUCACACCACUGGUCACUCUGAAGGACAGCGGGCCAGAAAUUCGGGCUGUCCCACUGGUCAGCAGUGAACGAGGCAGGUUUGAAGACUUGAAGGUGCACUUUCUGACAGACACUGAGGAGAUGGGAAAGGAGCAGCUACUGAAAGAAUACCUGACAGUGAUAGAGAUUCCAGUGCAAGGCUGGGACCAUGGUACAACUCAUUUAAUUUAUGCUGCAAAGUUAGAUGAAGGCAACUUACCCAAAGAGAUAAAUCUGGUGGAAGAUUACUUUCAACUGGUACAGCACGAGUACAAGAAAUGGCAAAAGAACAAUACGCUUAUGACAAGGGAGCCGUAUACCGGGAAUAUACUGGAACUGUCUUUACCCCAGCUGUCUCUUGUAGAGGUGAAAUGUGAAACUCCCAAUUGCCCCUUCUUUAUGUCUGUGAGCACCCAGCCCUAUUGUCAUGAGUGCUUUGAGCAGAGGCAACAGGGAAAUAAACCAAGGAGACCGAGCGCCAAAACAGUAUCUGAAAAGUCCCGGAAGACUGGAGCAGGCUCAUCUAGGAUUGAGUUUUGUGAGCCUGGGGGAGGGCCAUCUGAAGAGCCAGUGACAGGGCCUCAUUCUGCACCUCCAACAGCUCCAAGCCUUUUUCUGUAUAGUGAAACCACCGCUAUGAAAUGCAGGACUCCAGACUGCCCUUUUACAUUAAAUGUGCAACACAAUGGACUCUGUGAACGCUGCUACAAUUCCAGACAGCUCAGUCCCUCUAACAACUUGGACAACCUCCGACAUAUAAACAGUGUGACAUGUAAAAUCUGCCUUCAGGACACAAAUAGGACCUUUAAUGGCAUCUGCAGCUCUUGUUUCAAAAGGACUACAGAGCCCUCAAUUGUCAAUCCUGCCUUCCUGCCUAUGUUCCAUCAGAGAUCUCACUCCGACCCUUCACAGCUAUCACAGAGCUUCCUCCAGCAUUCCUGUCAUGCAGCACCCAGCAACGAGCUGGAGGAGCUGCCUUCUUCAGUAAUGCUUCCAGCUCCUCACAAUUCGGAGGAAAGGAAUGGAAGUAGCCAGUGCAGAAAACCUGGCUGCAUGUUUUUUGGGACUCCUCAGAAUGAAGGCUUUUGCACUCUAUGCUUCUUUGAGUACAAGGAAAACAACGACAGUGCCUCACUACUUCAUCAGAGAAGGUCUCAAAGGAAUUCUUCUGCUUCUGGUCAGCCUGGGAGCUCUGCUGGCACAUUCCACAACACUAUUUCCUGCCUGGGGCGAGAAUGUGGUACCUUGGGCAGCAGUAUGCUUGAAGGGUAUUGUCAGAAAUGUUUUAUUGAAGCACAGACUCAGCGAUUCCGUGAAGCCAUAAGGACUGAACAGCAGCUAGUGGGACAAUCUGAAAGAACUGGGCAACACCGAGACUUACAGGUAUCAACAGCAGGGAGCCAGAAGCGAAAGUGUGCCAUGGCUUCUUGUAGGAACAACUUAGCCUGCAGAAACGAUGAGCUGUGUCAGGAGUGCCAGCGAGUUCAGUCUGGGAAUCCUAGAGGCCCUGCUGCAGAAGAGCCUCCAAAACAGUGCUGCCGAGCCACUGGCUGUGAUCAUUAUGGCAAUAAUAAGUGCAGCGGCUACUGCAAUGAAUGCUACCAGUUCAAAGAGAUGUAUGGCUAGUGGAGAAAUGCUGGCAAAGCGCAAGGAAGCAACAACUGCUUCUACCUCGCUGAAAUGGUGCUAUGUACAAAACACUUAAGAGGCAAGCCAUGGCAAGGUCCAUUUGAACAGUGUGACGUAUAUAUGGCUUUGGGGGGAAAAUAAGCUGUCUGGUUUUGUACCUAUUUAUGCCCGUGGGUAUGAAUAAAUAUCCACUUAAUACAAACACUGCAUACAUGGAACAAUGAGAAGUCAGUCUGCUUUCUGCACAGAGGAAUCUUGCAGGAAUGGUCUGCUAUAAUGCUGACUCCAAACUCCCUCUCCUCUCGGAUUUCAAAAUUCCUAGAGUGCAUACUGUGGCAGAGUGAAGCAUUUGAAUACGGAAGACUUUGUAACUUUGCCUCUGCAAUACCUCCCCUGCACCUUGUCAGAACUGACCAUUCAGAGUGCAAGGACACUCAACCAAUGUGUGAUAUGCAGAGCUGCUUCAAUUGACCUACAUCAGUGUUUUGCUCAAGGUGAGGCUGGCCCUUCUUGAGAGGACUCCAUUCUCGACCAGAGGAGUCUGGUGCAAGCUAGGGGUGAGGAUGUAGUUAAGAAACUUGCUUUUGCUUGGUUGCCUUCGUCUAAGAGCUUUGUCUUGCAUGUAGAGUGUUCUGGUUGGUUCUGUGUUUGCUGAGCCCUGGGCAGAAAGAAGUCAGAAAUGAAGGACAACUCGCUGCCUGCCCAGUCAACAUGUUUAACCAAUGUACCUCCCUUUCCAAAAUGCAAAAAUAAUAGGGACCCAACGAGUAAGCCCAUGACCAUUAGCUACAAAU